AGCAUCACAGCCAUAUACAUGGAGAGACGGGCAUAAGAAAGCUGCUGUCCGAAGAAUCCUCUUUGUGUAUAGUAUUUAUGAACAGCUGUGUAAAUUUAAGGGCGUGCAUGUCCGAGGGUAGCCAAAGUUGAGCGUCAUCCUCCCUCGAUCCUCGCGGGAUUCACAGCUCAUUCUCAGCCUGGGAGUGUUGUGUGGUGGUCACUGGUGAGUAGCAUUGAUUAAGCCACACUUCUCAGGUCGCGGGAAAUCGACGUGCAGUAUAGUGUUUUGAGGUUUGGUUUCGUGAAAGUGAUACUGUGCGGAUUGCAUUACUUACCUUGUGAAGUAAUGAGUGAGUGAGUGAUAUUGAGGAGAAAUCAAAUCGUCAAUUAUUAUUUGUUGGACGGAUAUCGCAUCGAGACGUCAAUAGACAGUGAAAAGGUAAACAGCAUCAAGGGAAUCCAUACAAGCGACUGGUGUGGGUGCCUAAUACCACUGAAUAUCCUGCGAAGGACUGUUCAAAGGUGGAAUUCCCGUGAAAGGCAGUGAUGGGCGUGUAUGGACGGCUGACGUCGGCCGGUGGAGGCGUCCCCAACGAUGAGGAAGACACCGCCCACCUCCUUUCGCCCUCCUCCCUCUCCUCCCCCUCCCCCUGUCCCUCCUCUGCUUCCCCCUCCCCGCCCCCCUCCUCCUGUCAUGUCGCCAGGAGAAGAAGAGGUUCUCCGCUGAUGACCAGAGUGCUGAUGCUCUCGCUGUGGCUGCUCCUCCUGGUGGCGCAGCAGGCGGGCGUGGAGGCCAGGGCGGCGGCGGGCAACAUCGAGCGCAUCAGCCUCGGCGAGACGGCCCGGACCAUCACGUGUCCUUCGGCGACUGAGAUCCACCCCUGCGCUUGCCGGGUUAUGAAAAAAGGCAAGGAGCCCGGUCUGGACAUCGUAUGCGACCACGCCGACGAGAAGCAUGUUCGUAACGCCUUGGAUGUCCUCAAGAAAAGGCCCUUUACCAUCUUCUGGAUGAAGUUCCGCAACUGCAAACUCCAGCGGAUUGCGGACUACGUAUUCCUCGGGCUGGACGUACGGCAUCUCAACAUCAUCCGCAGUAACGUGUCCGCUAUUGAGAGGUCAUCGCUAUCGGCGCUUGGGAGUACGAUCGAGGCGCUGGAUUUGGCCAACAAUAACAUCCGAGAGGUUCCAACCCCCGCGCUCGCCAUGCUGAAGAUGCUGACCUUCCUCAACCUCAACUACAACCAGAUUCAAGUGCUGAACGAGGGCGCCUUCGCUGGCCUGAGCUCCCUGGAACGACUCUCCCUUUACGAGAACAAAAUCCAACACAUCCACAAUAACGCUUUCAAGGAUAUCGGAAGGAAACUCAUGCGUCUUAACCUUGGGAAGAACAACUUGGACGACAUUCCUACAGAUGCCUUCCACCCGCUGGUAAAUCUUGAGGUGUUGGAUCUUCACGAAAACCGCAUAAGGCACAUCCCUGAUAAUGCUUUCCAAGGCCUAACCAAGCUGGACAUGCUCAAGCUGGAACACAACCUCAUUACGACCAUCCAGGACAACGUGUUCAGUGACCUCUCCGUGCUGAACUCCCUGAACAUUGAGCACAACCACAUUGAGAACGUUAGCGAUAGAGCCUUUGCUGGCCUGGAGAGUAACUUGGAAUGGCUUGAGAUGGGCAACAACCGCCUCGACCACAUCCCUUCCCACGCCCUCCGCCCGCUGCACAACCUCCGCCAGCUGGACCUCGACGCCAACAAGAUCGCGGAGGUCAAAGAAGACGCAUUCAAGGGAUACGGCGACACGAUCAAGUAUAUUCUCCUGGACAAAAACCGAAUCACACACAUACCUCCACUCGCCUUCGUUGACCUGCACUCCCUGGAAUGGCUAAAACUCUCUCACAAUGAGAUGGCAACGUUGACUGAAGACACCGUUCAGCCCAUCCUCGAUACUGUUACCAUGAUUGAUGUGUCUAAGAACCCACUGAUCUGCAACUGUGACCUGCUGUGGCUGCGGCGCUGGGUCAGCAACCCCAACAACAAGGACCCGGCAGAGGAGAUGGAGUGUGUAACCACCGACCAAAAGUCCCACAGCAUUAAGAACCUACCCGUCGAGGAAUUCAACUGCCCGCUACACUUAACAACGUCGGUGGCGCCUUUGACUCAGGCAACCCCUCAGAUUACGUCUACAAGUCGACACAAGCCAUCAGAUCAGACAUAUACUGGCCGCACAACAGUGAGUGUUCAAUAGUCCUAGUCCUAGUGA